AUGUCGUCGCCGCGGAAUCCAGGUGCCGUCCCUGCGACGCCACGGGUCAUUUCUCCCUCGCCGACACCGUCAGAAGCCCGGUCAUCGUCCAGGGAUGGAUACUCAGCACCGACAACACGGUCAGCAGCCCGACGACAACAACGCCUCGGCGAGGUCACAGAAGAAGUUCAGGACGACUCUACACCAUCACGAGCCCGCAGGCGCAAGUCAAGAUCCAAACGCUCAGACUUUGAAGAACCGGCAGCUCUGGCAGCCAGGACAAACGGUAUCGCGCCACAAACCAACGGCUUCCUCUCCCCGCUGUCUAAGGCCGAUGGGACUCGAUCUGUCGAUAGCAUAUCACGAUCCCCUUCACCACUCGGCUUGAUUCCUCUCCACACCCGCUAUCGCAACUUCAUCCAUCGCCAUGAGAUUCCGCGCAAGCUCCUACAUGUUUCAAUUGGGUUCCUGACACUCCACUUAUACAGCCGCGGCGUUCAAACACAUCAAAUCACUCCAUACCUAUUCUCGGCUCUCGUCCCCAUCGCGGCAACAGAUAUCCUCCGUCACCGCUCCGAAACAGUGAACAAAGUCUAUAUCCGGUGCGUGGGCGCUCUUAUGCGCGAAACCGAAGUAUCCGGCUACAACGGCGUCAUCUGGUACCUAGUCGGCGCAUACGCUGUCCUCCGCUUCUUCCCGAAGGACGUUGGAGUCAUGGGCGUCCUUCUCCUCUCGUGGUGCGACACAGCCGCUUCUACCUUUGGGCGGCUUUACGGCCGCCACACCCCAAGCCUGCGCAAGGGAAAGAGCCUUGCGGGCACCCUGGCCGCUUGGUUCGUUGGCGUUAUUACCGCCGCCGCUUUCUGGGGCUUCUUUGUCCCCUACAUCGGCGCCUUCCCCAACGAUCCUGAGGGAGCAUUCAUGUUCACAGGCCGCCUCAAUCUCAUCCCGGACCCCGUGAAGCGGUUAAUUGGCUGGACAGUCUCGGCAGACAGCGAAAGUGGGAGCAUCAUCAAGGGCUCGCUCGCCCUAGGCGUCAUGAGCGUCGUGUCAGGCCUCGUCGCUGCAGGCUCCGAAUUCAUCGACCUCUUCGGCUGGGACGAUAACCUAACUAUCCCCGUUCUCAGCGGUAUUGGGUUAUGGGGGUUCUUGAAGGUCUUUGGUUGAUUGGCAGUGUUGGAUAUUGUUAGAUAGAUUCGUGCCUCUCUUUUCUCCUCUCUCUCUCCCUCUUUCAUCCUGCGUCCGUCUUCAGGAAUUCCUCUCAUCAUCUUUCUUUUGCCAUCCAGUCCCAGACCCGCAGCCAGAUUCGAACUCCCUUCGUUCGCCCUACCUUAUUUAUGCUUAUGCCCCUGCCCUAUACAUACAUACUUGCAUACUUAUGUCCCAUACCACUUACGCUAAUAUCACUACUCACCUCUGUCUACCUACCGAACUACUUGCCUAUCAACAUACUCCUUGCUUACCCACAUACUCUCUAUCCGUACAAUAGAGUGAAGGGGGAAAUUCAAC